GGCGGAGCCCGGCAGCAUGUCGGGGCCGAGCGCCGUGUCCGACCCCCAGCACCCGGCGCGGCUGCUGCGGGCCCUCAGCUCCUUCCGCGAGGAGAGCCGCUUCUGCGACGCGCACCUGGUGCUGGAGGGGGAGGAGAUCCCGGUGCAGAAGAACAUCCUGGCGGCCGCCAGCCCCUACAUCAGAACGAAAUUGAAUUAUAAUCCUCCAAAGGAUGAUGGCUCAACAUACAAGAUUGAACUUGAAGGGAUAUCUGUUGAUAUCAUGAAAGAGAUACUAGAUUACAUCUUCAGUGGGCAGAUCAGGCUAAAUGAAGAAACUAUCCAAGAUGUGGUACAGGCAGCUGAUCUCCUGCUGCUUACAGACUUAAAAACUCUCUGCUGUGAGUUUUUAGAAGGUUGCAUAGCUGCUGAGAACUGUAUUGGUAUUCGGGACUUUGCACUGCACUAUUGUUUGCAUCAUGUUCACUACCUUGCCUCAGAGUAUCUGGAAACUCACUUUCGAGAUGUCAGCAGCACAGAGGAAUUCUUGGAACUGACUCCUCAAAAACUGAAAGAAGUGCUGUCGAUGGAAAAGCUCAAUGUUGGAAAUGAAAGAUACGUCUUUGAAGCGGUGAUUAGGUGGAUUUCUCAUGAUUCAGAGUCAAGAAAGGUUCACAUGAAGGAUGUCAUGUCAGCAGUGUGGGUUUCGGGCUUAGAUGCAGCGUAUUUACGUGAGCAGAUGAUGAGCGAACCACUGGUACGGGAGAUCGUCAAAGAAUGCAACAAUAUUCCCCUCACGCCGCCCCAGCAGGGAGAGGCGAUGCUGGCCUCCUUCAAGCCCCGGGGUUACUCGGAGUGUAUAGUGACUGUUGGUGGAGAAGAACGAGUAUCACGGAAACCAACCUCAGUGAUGCGGUGUAUGUGUCCUCUUUAUGAUCCCAAUAGACAGCUCUGGAUUGAACUUGCUCCUAUGAGUAUUCCAAGGAUCAAUCAUGGAGUAUUGUCAGCAGAAGGAUUUUUAUUUGUGCUUGGUGGUCAGGAUGAAAACAAGGGAACGCUAAGCUCUGGAGAGAAAUAUGAUCCAGAUACCAAUUCAUGGAGUUCCUUACCACCAAUGAAUGAGGCACGACAUAAUUUUGGUGUGGUAGAGAUUGAUGGAAUUCUAUACAUUCUGGGAGGUGAGGACGGUGAAAGGGAGCUAAUCUCUAUGGAAAGCUAUGAUAUUUAUAGCCGGACCUGGACCAAGCAGCCAGACUUGACCAUGGUUAGAAAGAUUGGCUGCUAUGCAGCUAUGAAGAAGAAAAUCUAUGCAAUGGGUGGAGGCUCCUAUGGAAAACUCUUUGAAUCUGUUGAGUGUUAUGACCCUAGGACUCAGCAGUGGACAGCAAUCUGUCCUCUGAAAGAGAGAAGAUUUGGGGCAGUGGCCUGUGGAGUUGCCUCUGAACUUUAUGUAUUUGGCGGGGUCAGGAGUCGUGAUGACAGUCAAGCCAGUGAGAUGGUGACGUGCAAAUCUGAAUUUUAUCAUGAUGAGUUUAAAAGGUGGAUUUAUCUAAAUGACCAGAACCUAUGUAUCCCAACUAGUUCUUCCUUCGUGUAUGGAGCUGUGCCCAUUGGAGCCAGCAUAUAUGUGAUUGGAGACCUCGAUACAGGUACAAAUUAUGACUAUGUUAGAGAAUUUAAAAGAAGCACGGGAACCUGGCAGCGCACUAAACCACUAUUUCCAUCGGACCUCCGCCGUACUGGCUGUGCAGCUUUGCGGAUCGCAAACUGCAAGCUCUUUCGACUGCAGCUUCAACAAGGAUUAUUCCGCAUUCGCGUACCUUCUCCGUGAUCCGUAUGCUGACAGUGGAGGAGACUGGAAGAAUUCUGCGCAGUCCACCAUAAUAUAGCUCUAUAUAAAGGAAAAGCUGAGAAAUUACAGCUGAAACUUACACUGUAUGCUGUGCUUUGGUAUGGUAACUGUUUUUGUUUUAAAUGCUUAAAAAGCUUGAGUCUCAGUUCUUGUUUCGGGAACAAAUAACUUAAGUAUACAUUAAAAAGAAGAGAGGGGGGAAAAUAAAAGGGGGGAUCAAGGAAACACCUUCAGUCGUAAUCAUUUGGAGUUUAAACCGUAUUAUUGAAGGAGGUAUUUUGUGUCUGAAACUGGUGGGAAUUGGUAUUCCUUUGGUGAAGUUUAUUGAAAAGCAAAAAAGAUUUAAGAUGCGUUUCCCGUGAGGGGAACUGGUAAGAACAAAUGUGCUAUCUUGGACUGGAUAGCUAUAAUACACAGAAGCUAUAUGAUAACCAACCUCCCUGGUGCACUGCAAAGACUGUUGUUUGACCGUAAUGCCAUAGGAGAUGUUGGUUGUUGCACCUUUUAUUUCUAGUCCUUCCUCAAAAGUUAAGGUCUGUGCCUAAAAAUGGUGGAGGUGUGUACAUAUGGUUUUUCAUUCAUUUGCAAUGUUUUCAUUCUUACAAAUAUUUUUAAUAUAUUUAAAAUGGACUAAUCUGAAAUGGAUACAGUAUACUACAGAGAAGUAAACUGUUUUUUCUAUGCUGUCAUUUGAAUAGCCUGAUGAACUGGUGUACGGAUGGGUGGCGUGCGUUUCUGUGUGGGCUUUGGUGGCUUUUCUUGAAGUAAAAAGGGAAACGGUGUUUGGAACGGUUAAUGAUGAUUGCUGCUUUUGGUAAAAGACAACAAAACUUGACAAAUUAAAGAAAAUAGAUUGUGUUCCUUUUUACUUCAGAUCGCUUACAAACUAAAUGGUUUUUAAGACUGAGGAUUAUAGAAACGUGAAUUUUAUCUCUGUUAGAACAAAGGUGAAAUAUGACAAGGAUAUAUUUGUUUUGCAGAAAACAUGAUUUUUGGACUGAGUUAAGGAAAAUUUAUACAGCGACUUUAAAUUGGGAUCAAAAGUUGGUUUACUAAUGAUUUCCGUGCUAAGGUACAGUCUUGUUUACUACUGUCUGACUUUGAAAGCUGGGUUUUAUGGUGUGGUUAUAGUGAAGAAUUUAGUAUCUUGCAUUUUAUUUCUUACUAAAUCUUGUUCACAUCAGUAGCGAUAUUUAAUUGACUUUUGUUCAUAGUCAAGAUCAGCUGGUAGAACACUUUUACCUCAAUUUUUGAUUUCAUUAUUGUUGUGAUGGGUGGGAUGUAACCUGUAUUUAUUUAAAAGUAAUAAAAUGAGAGAGAGGGAAAUAGAAAUAAGAUCUCCUGCCCUUCAGAAAAAGAGACUUCAUAUAACCAGUAUUAUAACUACAUACAAUACUUUCCACUCUGCAACUUUGUGGACCUCAGACAAGCCAAUCUCUGCCCUCGGUUGUGUUAGUGUAAACAUUCGUCAUCUUUAUUGAAUCAUCUUAGAUAUGCUGAAAUACAAUCCCAAACUAGUACAAAAUAUUUAUAUUUCACUAAAUAUCCCUUGAAGAGACAUUCUGA